AUCAAUCCAUUUCUUUGCCGACCCUAAUAAUCAAACACUAUCUCAAGCAAGAACCUACCUUUGCUAACCCCCGCCUCCCCCCUUUUCUUUCUUUCUCUCUCUCUAUCUCUCUCUAGUUCUUCUAAUUUAUUCAUUUUCAUCAAUCUGUUAGCUAAGGAGAAGGAGGAGGAGGGGGGGAGAUUCUGCUUCCUAUUUUCAGAAAUUAGAGUGAAGAGAAGCUAUGGCAGGAACACUGCUUCAGUCAAUCAUCAAGUUUCCUCCAUCCAUUGUUGGUGGUAGUAGUAGUGAUGGCCAACACGGGGGUCGUGUGAAACCAGUACAAAUGUUUUCUAGCAUAAGACCAUCUCCAAUUAGAUUGAGAAGCUUCUCAGGAUUAAGAGGUUCAGAUGCUUUAGUUUUUAAGUCAAGAACUGGUAUGGAUUUACAUUCUAAGGUGGCAGCUGCGAUAUCUGUACGACGAGGAAGAGCCUGUCGAACUUCUCCAAAAGCUAUGUUUGAGCGCUUCACAGAGAAAGCAAUCAAAGUGAUUAUGCUAGCACAGGAGGAGGCAAGACGGCUAGGUCACAACUUUGUUGGAACAGAGCAAAUUCUGUUAGGUCUUAUAGGCGAGGGCACAGGAAUUGCUGCCAAAGUUCUCAAAUCAAUGGGGAUUAAUUUAAAAGAUGCACGCGUGGAAGUGGAAAAAAUCAUUGGAAGGGGAAGUGGAUUUGUUGCUGUGGAGAUCCCAUUUACUCCUCGUGCUAAACGUGUCCUGGAACUCUCUCUUGAAGAAGCCCGCCACCUUGGUCAUAAUUAUAUUGGAUCAGAACAUUUGUUGCUUGGACUUCUUCGUGAAGGCGAGGGUGUGGCAGCUAGAGUUCUUGAAAAUUUAGGUGCUGACCCCAAUAACAUUCGGACACAAGUUAUAAGAAUGGUUGGUGAAAGUAAUACAUCAGAUCCCAUCACAGCUGGUGUUGGAGGGGGAUCUAGUGGCACUAAAAUGCCAACUCUGGAGGAGUAUGGCACGAAUUUGACAAAGUUAGCAGAAGAGGGAAAACUGGAUCCAGUUGUUGGAAGACAAGCACAAAUUGAACGUGUCACCCAAAUAUUGGGUCGUAGGACAAAGAACAAUCCAUGCCUGAUAGGAGAACCAGGUGUUGGAAAGACGGCCGUUGCUGAAGGACUUGCUCAACGAAUUGCAAAUGGUGACGUUCCCGAGACCAUUGAGGGGAAGAAGGUUAUAACUCUUGACAUGGGUCUCCUUGUUGCGGGUACAAAGUAUCGGGGAGAGUUUGAGGAGAGACUUAAGAAACUGAUGGAGGAGAUUAAACAAAGUGAUGACAUUAUCCUUUUCAUUGAUGAGGUGCACACACUAAUUGGAGCAGGUGCAGCUGAGGGAGCUAUUGAUGCUGCAAAUAUUUUAAAACCAGCUCUUGCAAGAGGUGAAUUGCAGUGCAUUGGAGCCACCACACUUGAUGAGUACAGGAAACACAUUGAGAAAGAUCCAGCUUUGGAAAGAAGAUUCCAACCUGUGAAGGUGCCUGAACCUACUGUGGAUGAAACCAUACAAAUCCUAAAAGGACUACGAGAGCGAUAUGAGAUUCAUCACAAGCUUCGUUACACAGACGAAGCAUUAGUGGCAGCUGCACAAUUAUCUUUCCAGUACAUCAGUGACCGCUUCUUGCCCGACAAAGCUAUUGACUUGGUUGAUGAAGCUGGUUCUAGGGUCCGGCUUCGUCAUGCACAGCUACCUGAGGAAGCAAGAGAACUUGAGAAAGAGCUAAGGCAGAUUACGAAAGAGAAGAACGAAGCUGUUCGCGGUCAGGACUUUGAAAAAGCUGGAGAAUUACGCGAUAGAGAAAUGGACUUCAAAGCACAGAUUUCCACACUCAUUGACAAAAACAAAGAGAUGACUAAAGCCGAGAGUGAAGCUGGGGAUGAUGUCGGUCCUGUUGUGACCGAAGUCGACAUACAACACAUCGUCUCGACUUGGACUGGCAUACCAGUUGAGAAAGUCUCCACAGACGAAUCCAAUCGAUUGCUGAAAAUGGAGGAAACCCUACACAAAAGAAUCAUCGGUCAAGACGAAGCCGUUAAAGCUAUUAGCCGAGCCAUUCGUCGUGCUCGAGUCGGUCUCAAGAAUCCCAACCGACCCAUCGCCAGUUUCAUCUUCUCCGGCCCUACCGGAGUCGGCAAGUCCGAGUUAGCCAAAGCUUUAGCCACUUACUACUUCGGCUCAGAAGAAGCCAUGAUUCGGCUCGACAUGUCCGAGUUCAUGGAACGACACACAGUCUCGAAGCUCAUUGGUUCACCUCCCGGUUACGUCGGUUACACAGAAGGCGGUCAGCUGACCGAAGCUGUUCGUCGCCGCCCUUACACAGUCGUCCUUUUCGACGAGAUUGAGAAGGCACAUCCAGAUGUCUUCAACAUGAUGCUUCAGAUUCUCGAAGAUGGAAGGUUAACCGAUAGCAAGGGCAGAACAGUAGAUUUCAAGAACACGCUCCUAAUCAUGACAUCGAACGUGGGAAGCAGCGUGAUAGAGAAGGGCGGUCGUCGGAUAGGAUUUGAUCUCGAUUACGACGAGAAGGAUACCAGUUACAACCGGAUCAAGAGCCUAGUGACCGAAGAAUUGAAGCAAUAUUUCAGGCCAGAGUUCUUGAAUAGGUUAGACGAUAUGAUCGUGUUCAGACAGCUGACAAAGCUAGAGGUGAAGGAGAUUGCAGACAUCAUGCUUAAAGAAGUUUUCGAGAGGCUUAAGGGUAAAGAGAUCGAACUUCAGGUAACAGAGAGGUUUAGAGAUAGGAUUGUGGAGGAAGGGUAUGACCCUAGCUAUGGGGCGAGACCACUCAGGAGGGCUAUAAUGAGGCUAUUGGAGGAUAGCAUGGCUGAGAAGAUGCUUGCAAGAGAAAUUAAGGAGGGAGAUUCGGUAAUUGUGGAUGUGGAUGGUGAUGGGAAUGUUACUGUCCUUAAUGGAAGCAGCGGCGCUCCAGAGUCUUCUUUGCCUGAGCCUAUCGCUGUUUGAGUUAUUAUAGGUUAGAAUUAGCUGUUUGUAUUGUUGCUUCUUCUCUUCCUUUUAGGGUUUCAAAUAAUUGAAUUUGUGGUUUGGCUAGUUUGUAGUUCUUGUUUACACCUUGAUUUAUUACAACUAUUUGACUACAACUAAGUACUGAGUUCAAACUAUGACUCUGAGGUUCUUAACUAAGUACGCCGCCCCGAUUAUAUUCGAUCGCGAGUGUUAUGUUUUCA